AUGGAAUCCUCUUUAGACACAGAUGGGAUUAUGCUGCCACAAGAUAUUGAGAAUUUAUUCUUUAAAGCCAGUGGCUUGAGGGGUUGCUUAUUAGAUGAAUGUCCAAUUCCGAAUUCUGUUAGAGAAUGCAAAAUAUUUGAGGAGGAUAAAAUAGAGUGCAUUAUGAGGUUAGGGGAAGAAUUUAGUGGGGUCCCAUUCCAAAGCCUUGAAACGUUGCUACUGAGAGAAUUGCCAAAUUUAAUUGGUCUCUUCAAGUGGGAAGCAGUUGUACAUCUUCCACCUGGCACAUUUACCUGUCUCAAAGAGUUGUGUAUUGAACGUUGUGGUAAAAUCAAGAAGCUUUUCCCUCAGAGCCACAUGGAUAAGCUGUUAGAAAUUGUUGCGGGGAUAUUCCCGGGCUUUGUUGCACUGCUAUGCCGAAACUUGGAGGAAAACACACUGUCUCUUCAAAGAAAAAUACGAUCACUGGAAAGUCGAAAAGAUGAUGUGCACGAAAACUUACAAAAUGCGGCAUGUCAUUCUGGAAAAAAACGCAAGAGAGAGGUUGAAGGUUGGAUGACUGAUGUUGAAAACAUUAUAAAAGAUUUUGAAACCUUGGAACAAGGAGUACAACAAAGCAGCAGAUUUUAUCAUGUUUUCAAACGACAAAAGUUGGCUGAACAGCUUGAAAGAAUGACCGAACAAGUGACGGGGCUUUUUGCCCAAGGUGAAUUUCCUAGCGGGCAUUUUCUUGAGGUUGAUGAGAGUAUUGACCGGUUAUCGUUGAUACCCCAACUGACUGGCCAAGCAUUUCAACAAAAUGUAGAUGACAUUUGGACAUCGUUAAUGGAUGUGAACGUCGUAAGCAUUGGCAUUUACGGAAUGGGGGGAGUAGGCAAGACGACUCUGGCAAGGCAUGUCCAUGAUAAGCUCUUGAAGGAAUCCACAUUCUCGGGUCAUGUUUAUUGGGUUACCGUCUCUCACGAGUUCAGCAUUUCCAAAUUGCAAAGUGACAUUGCCGAAUUGCUGAAUCUAAAUAUAACAUGCGAGAAUGAUGAGGGUAGAAGGGCAGCUAAACUCUUCCGGGAAUUCCAGAAAACGGAGAGAUUUGUACUUAUACUGGAUGAUGUUUGGAAACGAAUUGAUGUAGAGAAGAUAGGCAUUCCUUCUAAAAGGGAUGGAUGCAAGUUGGUCAUAACAAGUCGAUCGGAAGAAGUUUGUCGUAGUAUGUGCUGCAAAAAGAUUAUAAAAGUGAACACACUUUCCGAGCAAGAAGCUUUGAACCUAUUCUUGAAGACACUUGAUCGUGAUGAACAAUCUGUGGAAGUAGAAGAGAUUUGCAAGAAAAUGGUAAAUAGAUGUGAUGGUUUGCCACUUGCACUCAUCACAUUGGCUGGAAGCAUGAGAAGCGUGAUUGACAUUCAUGAAUGGAGAGAUGCAUUGGAGGGACUUAAAGAAUCAUGUUUGGGACGAGCUGACAUGGAAGAUGAGGUUUUGCCAAUUCUCUUGUAUAGUUAUCAUCGGUUGAGAGAUACAAGGCUACAAAAUUGUUUUUUGUAUUGCUCCUUGUAUCCUGAAGAUUCUUAUUUUUCAAGAGACGGAUUGAUUGGACAUUACAUUUCAGAAGAGCUGAUAGAGCGAAGAUCAAGCCGGCAAGCUGAAAUCGACCAAGGUCAUGCAAUACUAAAUCAAUUGGUGAGAGCCUGCUUAUUGGAAAGUGAUUCACGUAUGAGGCUGAAGAUGCAUGAUUUAAUCAGAGAGAUGGCAAUACGGCUCACUAAAGAGAAACCGAGGUACAUGGUAAAAGCUGGACUUCACUUAAAGGAAUUACCAGAGGAGCAAGAGUGGACAGAAGAUUUGGAUAAGGUUUCCUUGAUGCGCAACUCUAUAGAGGAAAUUUCACCUGGCACGUCACCCAAGUGUCCAAGUCUUUCCACCUUGAUCUUGAGCAGCAAUCCUCUGCGGUCGAUUCCAGAUUGUUUCUUUACGCAUAUGUGUGGGUUACGCACUCUCAAUUUAAAUGGAACUGAUAUUGAGAGCUUGCCAAAUUCCAUAUCAGACUUGGAGAAACUUAAUGCAUUAUUGCUCGAUGGUUGUCGGAAAUUGAAAUCAGUGCCAUCAUUGGAAAAGCUCAAGGUAUUGAAACAUUUGGACCUCUCACGUACUCAUCUUGAAGAAAUUCCCCGAGGUAUGGAAAGCUUAACCAACCUCAAACGCCUAUCUUUGUUAAAUAGCACAUUUAACAUGAUACCAGGGACUUUGUAUAGACUCACACAUCUUCAGCAGCUCGAGUUGCCAUAUUAUUUUGAAGUACCAAUAGAAGAAGUUAAGGCAUUGAAACAGUUGGAAGUACUUCGAUGCAGGUUAAAUAGCGUACGUGAUCUACAUGAUCUCAAUCGGUUAAUCAACUCACGACAAAGUGACAAGCAAUUCCUUUCCUACAAUAUUAAAUUAAGUUCUCUAGAAUUCAAAGACCCAUUACCUUUCAAUUUCUCAAUCGGUAAAUAUUUAAUUUUUGGAGAAAAGAGUCUCAUGGAAUACUCUUUAGAUGCAGAUGGGAUUAUGCUGCCACAAGAUAUUGAGAAUUUAUUCUUUAUAGCCAGUGGCUUGAGGGGUUGCUUAUUAGAUGAAUGUCCAAUUCCGAAUUCUGUUAGAGAAUGCAAAAUAUAUGAGGAGGAUAAAAUACAGUGCAUUAUGAGGUUGGAGGAAGAAUUUAGUUGGGUCCCAUUCCAAAGCCUUGAAAGUUUGGUACUGAGAGACUUGCCAAAUUUAAUUGGUCUCUUCAAGUGGGAAGCAGUUGUACCUCUUCCACCUGGCACAUUUUCCUGUCUCAAAGAGUUGACUAUUUAUGGUUGUGGUAAAAUCAAGAAGCUUUUCCCUCAAAGUCUGGUACAUAAUUUCCAUAACCUCCGAUCGUUGAUUGUCAUGAACUGUGAACAAAUGGAGGAGAUAAUAGAAGAAGCUGAUAUCACAUUGCCAAUGUUAAAGGGUUUGUUGCUGCAUAAUCUGUCACAACUAAAGAGCAUCUGCAAAGGAAAGAUGAUUUGGAAUAACAUUGAGACCAUUUGUUUGGGGGGAAUUAAAAAUAUAAAGGAAUUGCCUUUAUAUUUACCGUUUCUCAACAGACAACUAUCUCCUCCCCCACGUCUUAGAACAAUCAAGAUAGACGAAAGAGAUAAAGAAUGGUGGGAAUCAUUGGAGUGGCCCCAUCACAAUGCCAACAAUGUCCUUCAACGACUAGUUCAAUAUCGUCCAUCUGAAAGUUUUGGGUUUUUACCAGGUACGUCUCAUCUCAUGUCUCGAUUCCACAAGCUAAGUAAUUUCUAA